AUGGAGGUUCCAUUUAGCCAUCGCGACUCACAGCCAAUGGAUGAAUCUCUCACCCUCCAUACAUUUGCUGGCCCAGCCAAGCAGGCAGUACAGAAACUCCGGAGGGACAGCCUCCUCCUCCGAGAAGUUAUUUUCGCCGUCGCACCCGUUGGGAAGCUAGCGGAGGCGUCGCUCUCGGAGUGCCGGGCGGGGGGAGACCCAGGUUCGAAUCCCCCACCGGGCCGGGAAUCGGAUCCUGGGCCAGUCGCUUUCUCUCCGCCGGAGCCUCCCGGCUGGGUCGAAGGAGAGGAGAACCCAGGAGCGCUUGACGCAGCCAUCCUCGGGAGGGCACAGCUUUCUGGGGAAAGGUGUGCCAUGCCAACGAAGGGGCGGGAGAGGACAGAGUCCCUCUUUGGGGAGGGGUGCCCUGCCACCCCCCUGGGCGCCGCUGCUGGGAAACCCCCCGUGCCCGGGCAUCGCCCUUGCCUCGCUGCCAGGCCCCCGGAGCUGACCCCCGGCGGGUCUUCUGCCUUUCCAGAUUUCUCUUGGAUCGUGAGAGCGAACGACCGGGCAUACCACGAGCAAUUUCAGAAGAGGUACGCCUACUGUCUGAAAAAGAAAAAAUAUGCGGGCAACGCAAUCAAGACCGCCAAGUACAACGUGCUUACUUUCCUCCCUCUCAACCUGUUCGAGCAGUUUCACCGGGUGGCGAAUCUCUAUUUUUUGCACAUCAUUUUGUUGCAGACCAUCCCAGAGAUUUCCACUCUGCCUUGGUUCGCCCUCCUGUUUCCUAUCACCAUCCUCCUCAGCAUUCGAGGCAUCCGGGACUUGAUCGAUGACAUUGCACGGCACCGGAGCGAUGGGGAAAUCAACAGCCGCCCCUGCGAGAUUUUGACUGGGGAAAGUUUUUCCAAGAAGCAAUGGAAAGACAUACGUGUCGGCGAUAUCGUUUGCCUCCGCAAGGACAGCUUUGUGCCGGCUGACCUCCUCUUACUCUCCAGUUCGGAACCCAGCAGCCUUUGCUACGUGGAAACGAUGGACAUAGACGGAGAGACAAAUCUGAAGUACAGACAAGCCCUCCUGGUAACCCAUCAAGAGCUAACCAGUGUGGACAAGCUAGCAUCCUUUGACGGGAAAGUGACCUGCGAAGAGCCCAACAGCCGAUUGCAUACUUUCAUUGGCACCCUGGAAUGGUGCGGCGAGACCUACUCUCUGGACAGCGAGCAGAUCUUGCUGCGUGGCUGCAGGGUCCGGAAUACAGAGGUCUGCUACGGCCUUGUCAUCUAUGCAGGUUUCGAUUCUAAAAUAAUGAAAAAUUGCGGCAAGAUCAAACUGAAGAAAACUAAGCUCAACCAUCUAAUGGAUCGCAUCGUGCUGCUGAUCUCCCUGGCGCUCAUUCUGACUUCGUUGGGCCUGGCGGUGGGCUCUGGGAUCUCAGUGACCACGUUCCGCCAGGAGCACGGCUACCUCUCCGUCUUCUACGCCCACACCACCCCUGCCCAGCACGCCUUCUACACCUUCUGGGGGUUCCUCAUCCUUCUGAGUUUCGUGCUGCCGAUGGCUAUGCUCAUCACGUUUGAGUUCAUCUACCUGGUCAACAGCUGUUUCAUUAACUGGGAUUUGGAAAUGUAUUACGCGCCGAAAGACACUCCGGCCAAGGCGAGGAGCACCAGUCUCAAUGACCAGCUGGGACAGAUCCAAUACAUCUUCUCCGACAAGACGGGCACCUUGACCCAAAACAUAAUGACUUUCAAGAAAUGUUGCAUUGAUGGGAAGAUAUAUGGUUCGAACAGGAGUAGCCACGGCAAUCCAAUGGAAGCCCUCUUAAGUUGGAACAAAUAUUGGGACCCAAAGCUGGAAUUUUACGACCCUUUGCUGAUCAAUACCAUCCUGCGGGACGACGACCCCAUCCUGAAGGAAUUCCUGCGUCUGCUGGCCCUCUGCCACACCGUCAUGGUGGAGGAGAAAGAGAGUCAGCUGAUUUACCAAGCGGCUUCGCCAGAUGAAGAAGCUCUUGUGUCAGCGGCCAGGAACAUGGGAUACGUCUUUCUUUCCCGGACUCAGGAUACGAUCACCAUCAGCGAGCUGGGCCAGGAGAGAACCUAUAAGGUGUUAGCGCUCCUGGAUUUCAACAGUGUGCGCAAACGGAUGUCAGUUCUGGUCCGGGAUCCUGAAGGACGUAUCAGACUCUACACCAAAGGGGCAGAUGUGGUGAUCCUGGAGAGACUUCACAGCGAUCGGUCUUCUGAGGCCUACACGGUCAAGGCGCUGAAUAGCUUUGCAGAGGAGACCCUCCGGACUUUGUGCCUGGCUACCAAAGAGGUCGUGGAGGAGGAGUAUGCCCAGUGGAGCAAGAAGCACCACGCUGCCAGCGUCUCGCUCCAGGAUCGUGCCCAAGAGUUGGACAAGCUUCUUGGGGUCACAGCCAUUGAAGACAAACUCCAAGAGGGAGUCCCGGAGACCAUCCACCUACUCAAAAGGGGAGGCAUGAAAGUGUGGGUGUUGACCGGAGACAAGCAAGAGACAGCAGUGAAUAUUGGUUUUGCGAGCCAACUCCUGUCAGACGACAUGACCAUCCUCGGGGAAAGUGAGAUCUGUGAAAUCCUCAAAUCUUCUAGCAAUAGUGAUCUCAGUUUGGCUGGCAGCGGAGAAGCCUUGUUCGGCCCCGACUCGCCUCAGCGUUUCCAGGCAUCCUUCGCGCUUGACAAGACAGCUUUGGUGGUCACCGGUGACUUCUUAGACAAAAUCCUUCAUGCCACAGGGGAUGAGCAGGAGACAAGGAAGCCAAGUGUCUGGGAUCGGUUUCGCUGCGGCUGGGCGAAGGCCAAGGAGGACCCCAGGAAUGCGGUGGAAGAGGCCUUUGUGGAGCUGGCCACGGCCUGCCAGGCAGUCAUCUGCUGCCGAGUGACGCCCAAGCAGAAGGCUCUCAUCAUCCAGAUGGUCAAGAGGCACAAGAACGCCAUCGCUCUGGCCAUUGGGGAUGGGGCCAACGAUGUCAACAUGAUAAAAACCGCCGACAUCGGGGUGGGGAUCAGCGGGCAAGAAGGCAUGCAGGCAGUCCAGUGCAGCGACUACGCCUUGGCGCAAUUCCGCUACCUUCAACGGCUCCUCUUUGUCCACGGCCGAUGGUCCUACCUGCGGAUUUGCAAGUUCCUCCGAUACUUCUUCUACAAGACGUUUGCGGGCAUGAUGUCGCAGAUCUGGUUUGCUUUCUAUACUGGGUUCACAGCCCAGCCCCUGUUGGAGGGAUGGUUUCUCGCGCUUUAUAACGUCUUCUACACUUCCUAUCCAGUACUGUGCAUGGGGAUGUUUGAACAGGACGUGAACGCUGAGAAAAGCUUGAAGUUCCCUGAGCUCUACAAGGCGGGCCAGAAAGACCUCUUCUUCAACUUCCGGACCUUCUGCCUUUCCUUCAUCCAGGGCUCUUUCGUCUCCCUGGCCAGCUUCUACAUUGCUCUCUGGGCCUGCGAAGAUAAAGUUGGCGUCAGGAUCGUGGGGGAUUACCAGUCCUUCGCCAUGAUCGUGGCCACCUCGGCAAUAUUGACCGUCACGGUGGAGAUCAUUCUGGACGUCAAAUUCUGGACCGUCUUCUCCGUGAUGGCCAUCUUCCUCAGCUUAGUUCUCUACUGCCUUUGCUCCUACCUCACCCAGAGUUUCCAGGCUUACACAACGGCCCCCACCGUGUUCCAGUUCCCCGAUGCCUCCAAGAACGCACUGACAGACCCAACUGCGCUGCUGGUCAUCUUGCUCUCCGUCAUCGUGAACACCAUCCCCUCCCUCGCCAUCCGCUUCAUGCACAGCAUCACGGUCCCGAGAACCAUGUCGGAGAUGGCUCAAGUGCGGGACCUGAAGAUGAAGAUGAGCAUGGUGGAACUCACUUCUCAUGUCCGGAGAGAUUCCCACUGGAGCCGCUCGAGUUACGCCUUCUCGCACAAGGAAGGUUACGCCGACCUCAUCUCCAAGGGCGCCAGCAUGCGCAUCAAGGGCCCCCGAGUCUGCAGUGAACUCAAUGGCUUUCACCGCACGCCGCUGCCUGGCAAAGAAGGCUCUGUGCCCGCCGCGGACGUUGCCUACAGUCAUGACGUUACCGCACAACAGACGUUUCUGCCCUGUUGA